UAAAUAUUAAAAUUUAAUUCCUAUAAUGUUUUAAGUCCCAAAGCCUAAGACUUGCAUCCAGUCUUCUAAUCUUAUUAAGUUCUUGUUAAAUAAGAUCCUUAUCAAAAUCAGUGCUUUCAUGAGCUUUUAUAUACUCAAGUUCUCACUUGGCCAUUAAAGAGAAAAGUAGAACCAUGCAAUACUUGGCACAUUUGUCGUUGUAUGUCACUCUCUCAGCCUUCCAAGACUUGUUUGCUUGGCUUGCCUUUAGCAUCUCAUUCCUCGACUCCUAGGCAAUCUGUUGCUAUGGUAUCCAUAUCCAUAACUGCAACCCACAAUUCCAGUGCACCAAGCCAUGGAGAACCUGCCAAUUAGUAGGCUCUUUCUGAACUGCAAGUCCAUGGAGCAACUCAGGCAACUCCACGCCCAUUCCAUCAAAAAGGGCAUCAUAUCACACCCAGCUCUACAGAACAGGAUUGUGGCCUUUACUUGUGCGCAUGAAUCUGGCGACAUGAUGUAUGCUCGUUGCCUGUUUGACGAUAUUGCUGAACCAAGUGUUUUUGUUUGGAACGUCAUGAUCAGAGGCUAUUCUAGAAUAAAUUGCCCAGUUGAUGGAAUUUUGAUGUAUUUAGCAAUGCUCAGACGGAAUCUGAGGCCUGAUCAUUACACCUUCCCCUUUUUAUUAAAGGGAUUUAGUCGUGAUAUUGCAUUGGAAUGUGGGAAAGAAUUGCAUGGUCAUGUGCUGAAAUAUGGGUUUGAUUCAAAUGUCUUUGUUCAAAAUGCUUUGGUGAAUAUGUAUAUCUCGAGUGGCCUAAUAGAUAUGGCUCGUUGCGUUUUUGAUAUGAGUUGUGACAGGGACGUGGUUACUUGGAAUGCUAUGAUUUCCGGGUACAAUAGAAUCAAGCAAUUUAACGAGUCCAGGAAGCUUUUCAACAAGAUGGUGGAUAUGGGUGUCUUGCCCACUUCAGUCACCAUUGCCCUGGUGCUAUCAGCUUGCUCCAAAUUGAAGGAUUUAGAUACCGGAAAGCAGAUCCAUAAGUUUAUCAGAGACUUUAAUAUUGAGCCCAAUUUAGUGUUAGAAAACACUUUAAUCGAUUUGUAUGCAGCUUGUGGAGAAAUGAACGUCUCACUCAAGAUUUUCGAGAGUAUGAAGAGUAGGGAUGUAAUUUCUUGGACUACCAUUGUUAAAGGGUUUGUCAAUUCAGGACAAGUUGAUUUAGCUCGGAAGUAUUUUGAUCAAAUGUCUGAAAGAGACUAUGUUUCGUGGACUGCUAUGAUUGAUGGGUACUUGCGGGUGAACCGUUUCAAAGAGGCUUUGGAACUUUUCCGGAAGAUGCAGACUUCAAAGACAAAACCAGAUGAGUUUACUAUAGUUAGCAUUCUCACAGCUUGUGCAAAUCUAGGUGCACUUGAAUUGGGAGAAUGGAUAAGAACUUAUAUAGACAAAAAAAAUAUAAAGAAUGAUACCUUUGUUGGAAACGCUUUAGUAGAUAUGUACUUCAAGUGUGGAAAUGUUGAAAAAGCGUUAAAGGUUUUCAAUAGAAUGCCUCAAAGAGACAAAUAUACAUGGACAGCUGUGAUUGUUGGGCUUGCAAUUAAUGGACAUGGUCAGGAAUCCCUUGACAUGUUCUCUCAAAUGCUAAAAGCUUCAACUACCCCAGAUGAGGUAACUUAUAUUGGCGUUCUCUGUGCCUGUACUCACACCGGCAUGGUAGAAAAAGGUAGAAGAUUUUUUGCUAAUAUGGUCAGUCAACAUGGGAUUGAGCCAAAUGUUACACACUAUGGGUGCAUGGUUGAUCUUCUUGGCCGAGCAGGGCAUCUAAAAGAAGCUUAUGAGGUUAUACAGAACAUGCCAAUGAAACCAAAUUCAAUUGUCUGGGGAGCUCUUCUCGGUGCUUGUAGAGUUCACAAAGACUCAGAACUGGCUGAAAUGGCAGCUAAAAAGAUUCUCAAGUUAGAACCUGAAAAUGGUGCUGUUUAUGUUCUCUUAUGCAAUAUAUAUGCAGCUUGCAAUAAAUGGGAAAAUUUACGUGAACUAAGACAGAUGAUGAUGGAUAAGGGAAUCAAGAAGACCCCAGGUUGCAGUUUAGUAGAAAUGAAUGGUAUGGUUCAUGAAUUUGUAGCUGGAGACCAAUCACAUCCUCUGUCUAAAGAAAUAUAUUUAAACUUGGAUAAAAUAACAAGUGACUUGAAACUUGCGGGGUAUUUGCCUGAUAUGUCUGAGGUGUUUCUUGAUAUGGGGGAAGAGGACAAAGAAAGUGCCCUUUAUCGCCACAGUGAGAAGUUGGCCAUUGCUUUUGGCCUCAUUAAUUCUAAACCUGGAGUAACAAUUAGAAUCAUAAAGAACCUUAGGAUGUGUGUGGAUUGUCACCGCAUGGCGAAGUUGGUGUCAAAGGUGUAUAAGAGAGAAAUAAUUGUAAGAGACAGAACUCGGUUCCACCAUUUCAAGCAAGGUUCGUGUUCGUGCAAAGAUUAUUGGUAAGAGAGGUUGGUUAACGAUAUUGCCAAUUGAUUAUAAGAAGCAGAACCGGCUGGAUGUGGCAGUUAAACUGAGUUUAUGCUUCAAGCCUUAAAAAGGGUGCUUUUUAUGCUUUUAUCCUUUAUAUUUGCGGCUUGAAAUAAAUUGUAAAAUGUUGCACCAGGACAAAUACUUAUGAAUAGGGGAAUCAAGAGACUCGAUACGUAUAGGGUAAUUGCCUGAUUCAUGACUGCACUUAUGAGCAUAACAAGAAAUUGGCCAUCGCAUCCAUGCUGAUCAGUUCUAGCCACGUGGUGAGAGUUAGAGAUGUGAAGAAUCUGCAUUAGUGUAUGGACUAAUGCAUAUCAUUGGGUUCGUUUCAUUCUCGGCUCGUUUUCAUUUGAAGUUCACUUGUAAGAGUUCAAUUUGAGUUUCAAUUUCAUUUCCCUUCUCCAUAAGAAAAUGCGACAGUUCUUGGGCCUCAGAGGGACUAUUUCAGAAUCCAAAUUUGCAACGUUCUUUAUGAAUUUUAGGUGUAUGAUUUCUAUUAUGUUAUUGUGUAUAUGUAUAGUAAAAGUAUUCAAAUAUAAAUAAUGCGGCUUUGUUA